CUCCUCUCUCUCUCUCUCUCACUUCCUCAGGCCCCACCGCCCCUGCUUCUCCAUUCUUGCAAUCCCCAUAUAUAUAUAUAUAUAUAUAUCGCUCUCUCCUCAGCUCUGACAUAUCAUUCAUCAUCUUCAUUCUUCUGCGUUGAUCACCCAUGGGGGGAGAUAAGGCUAUCAGCCUUGAGGAGAUCAAGAACGAGGCUGUUGAUCUGGAACGUAUUCCCAUAGAUGAAGUGUUUGAGCAAUUGAAAUGUACCAGAGAAGGUCUGUCCUCAGAGGAAGGAGCCAACCGGCUUCAGAUAUUUGGACCCAACAAACUCGAAGAGAAGAAGGAAAGCAAAAUACUCAAGUUUCUUGGGUUCAUGUGGAAUCCUCUGUCAUGGGUUAUGGAAGCUGCAGCAAUUAUGGCGAUUGCUCUGGCAAAUGGUGAUGGAAAGCCACCAGAUUGGGAGGACUUUGUGGGUAUUGUAUGUUUGUUGGUUAUCAACUCCACUAUCAGUUUCAUUGAAGAAAACAAUGCUGGAAAUGCUGCUGCUGCUCUUAUGGCUAGUCUUGCCCCUAAGACAAAGGUUCUUAGAGAUGGUAAAUGGACUGAGGAAGAAGCUGCAAUUCUGGUUCCUGGAGACAUUAUAAGCAUAAAACUAGGUGACAUCAUUCCUGCUGAUGCUCGCCUUCUUGAGGGUGAUCCUUUGAAGGUUGAUCAAUCUGCUCUGACUGGAGAAUCUCUUCCUGUGACCAAGAACCCUGGAGAUGAAAUCUUCUCUGGUUCAACUUGCAAACAAGGUGAGAUUGAAGCUGUUGUUAUUGCAACUGGCGUUCACACAUUCUUUGGGAAAGCAGCUCACCUUGUGGACAGCACCAACCAAGUUGGGCAUUUCCAGAAGGUUCUCACAGCAAUUGGGAACUUCUGUAUUUGCUCCAUUGCUGUUGGAAUGUUGACUGAGAUCAUAGUCAUGUAUCCUAUCCAACACAGAAAGUAUAGAGAUGGAGUUGAAAACCUCUUGGUCCUCUUGAUUGGAGGAAUCCCCAUUGCUAUGCCCACUGUGCUGUCUGUCACAAUGGCCAUUGGUUCUCAUAAGCUCUCUCAACAAGGUGCCAUCACCAAGCGUAUGACUGCCAUUGAAGAGAUGGCUGGCAUGGAUGUUCUUUGCAGUGACAAGACUGGGACACUCACACUUAACAAGCUUAGUGUUGACAGGAACUUGAUUGAGGUCUUUGCAAAGGGCGUGGACAAGGAGCAUGUGAUGCUUCUUGCUGCAAGGGCUUCCAGAACUGAAAACCAGGAUGCCAUUGAUGCCGCCAUUGUUGGGAUGCUCGCUGACCCGAAAGAGGCAAGGGCUGGGAUUAGGGAGGUGCAUUUCCUUCCAUUCAAUCCUGUUGACAAGAGAACUGCUUUGACUUACAUCGAUGCUGAUGGAAAUUGGCACCGGGCAAGUAAAGGUGCUCCAGAGCAGAUCAUGACCUUGUGCAACCUAAGGGAAGAUACUAAGAAAAAGGUCCAUGCUAUUAUCGACAAGUUUGCAGAGAGAGGCCUCCGUUCACUUGCUGUUGCAAGACAGGAAGUUCCUGAGAGAACUAAAGAAAGUGCUGGUGCUCCAUGGCAGUUUGUAGGGUUGCUGUCACUUUUUGACCCCCCUAGGCAUGACAGUGCUGAAACCAUUAGAAGAGCUCUUAAUCUUGGAGUAAAUGUCAAGAUGAUUACUGGUGAUCAACUAGCCAUAGCAAAGGAGACUGGAAGGAGACUUGGCAUGGGAACAAACAUGUACCCAUCUGCUUCCUUGCUUGGUCAAGAUAAAGAUGCAAAUAUUGCUUCACUUCCCGUGGAAGAGUUGAUUGAGAAGGCAGAUGGAUUUGCUGGAGUAUUCCCAGAGCACAAAUAUGAGAUUGUGAGGAAGUUGCAAGAGAGGAAGCACAUUUGUGGAAUGACUGGUGAUGGUGUCAAUGAUGCUCCUGCUCUGAAGAAGGCUGAUAUCGGUAUUGCAGUUGCUGAUGCCACCGAUGCAGCGAGAAGUGCUUCUGAUAUUGUCUUGACUGAACCUGGAUUGAGUGUUAUUAUAAGUGCUGUCUUGACUAGUAGAGCUAUUUUCCAAAGAAUGAAAAACUACACUAUCUAUGCAGUCUCCAUCACUAUACGUAUAGUGUUUGGCUUCAUGUUCAUUGCAUUGAUAUGGAAAUUUGACUUCUCUCCUUUCAUGGUUUUGAUUAUUGCCAUUCUAAACGACGGAACAAUCAUGACAAUUUCAAAGGACAGAGUGAAGCCAUCUCCCUUGCCUGAUAGUUGGAAACUGAAAGAAAUUUUUGCCACUGGGAUUGUGCUUGGAGGUUAUUUGGCUCUGAUGACUGUCAUAUUUUUCUGGGCAAUGAAAGAAACUGACUUCUUCCAUGACAAAUUCAAAGUUAGACCUCUAAAUGACAGUCCACAUGAAAUGAUGGCUGCUCUGUACCUACAAGUCAGUAUAGUGAGCCAGGCUCUGAUAUUUGUGACCCGUUCUCGUAGCUGGUCCUAUGUUGAACGCCCUGGGUUGCUUUUAAUGACAGCUUUUGUUAUUGCUCAGCUGAUUGCUACCUUCAUAGCAGUUUAUGCCAAUUGGGGAUUUGCAAGGAUCAAAGGAAUUGGAUGGGGCUGGGCUGGAGUAGUCUGGCUCUACAGUGUUGUCUUCUAUGUUCCACUGGACUUUUUAAAAUUUGCUAUCCGUUACAUCCUAAGUGGCAAGGCUUGGCUCAAUCUUCUAGAAAACAAGACUGCCUUCACCACCAAGAAAGACUAUGGAAAGGAAGAGAGGGAGGCUCAAUGGGCACUUGCUCAGAGAACACUGCAUGGACUUCAACCUCCAGAAGCUUCUAACAUUUUCAGUGAAAAGAAUAGUUACAGAGAACUCUCUGAGAUUGCUGAGCAGGCCAAGAGACGAGCCGAAGUUGCAAGGCUCCGUGAGCUUCACACGCUUAAGGGUCAUGUUGAGUCAGUGGUGAAGCUGAAAGGUCUGGACAUUGACACAAUCCAGCAGCACUACACUGUUUAAGGAAUUAAAAACAGCGAUUAAAGUUGUAUGUAGAUAGCAAAAGGGCCAGAGUUCAAAGGCAUGCCUGAAACAGUGGACUAGGAGAAGGCCUAACUAGGGAGAGAAUGUCUGUGUAAUAGCUCUCCUGAUCCGUUUAAUUUUGUUUUCUUCGUUUUGCCUUUUCAUGAUGCUUGUGCGUUCUUACCAAUUCCUCUGUGUUCUUCUUGGCAAUGGCAUAGAAGAAGACGAUGAUGAUGUACUUCAUAAUAGGAUUUUUUGACGUGGGAGAAUAAAGGUUUAUGGAAAUCACCUGAA